GACUGUUGCUUUAAUUAUGGAGUGGAGUGGCUAAUGCCUAAAUCAUUGACAGGAAGUGAAGCUGAAAGAAAUCAUUGAGAGAGAGGGAAGGUGAAACAGAGAGAGAGAGAGAGAGAGCAUGAAGGAGGAGCAUCUGGAUUACGUGGUGGUGCCGCUGGGUCUGGCGGUGAUGGGUGCUUACCACGUAUGGCUUUUCAUCACUAUUCUCCGCUCUCCCAGCCGCACUGUCAUCGGCAUCAAUGCUCAGUCUCGCCGACAAUGGGUCUUUUCCUUGAUGGCUGAUCCCCUGAAGAAUGGUGUUUUGGCAGUUCAAACUAUACGCAACAACAUCAUGGCGGCUACACUUUUGGCAACAACUGCCAUCACUCUUAGUUCACUGAUCAGUGUUUUUGUGAGCAGCACCUCCAAGUCUAGCAGCACAGCAUCAGUAUUAGUUUAUGGAAAUAAGACUUCCCUUGUCUCUUCAAUCAAAUACUUUUCUAUCUUGCUGUGCUUCCUUGUUGCCUUUCUUUGCAAUGUGCAGUCUAUCAGAUACUAUGCCCAUGUCAGCUUCUUGGUUACUUUGCCUACAUCAAUGGGCAAAAGAGAUUCUAUUGAGUAUGUUGCGAGAAACUUGGAUCGAGGAAGCAUUUUUUGGUCCCUUGGAUUGAGAGCAUUCUACUUGUCAUUCCCUCUCUUCCUCUGGAUUUUUGGGCCUAUACCCAUGUUUGUCUGCUGCUGCAUAAUGUCAUUUAUGCUCUAUUUCCUGGACACAACUACCAGUUUCACAAGGCAUCUUCAUAGCCACUCAAUCGAAGAGGAAGUGCAAGCCAAAGAAAAUGGGUCAGAAGAAAAUGGGUCAGUCAGUCGAUCAGCGGAAAACAUUUUUGAGGACUCUCAGCUCUUUUGCCCUCUACUUACAGGCAGCAUCCCAAUUUUCGUUGAUUGAUUGCUCUUGAAUCAAAUGUCCCAGUUUCUGUAAGCUUGGGCCCCGAGCCAAAAUGUUGUCGCUUUCGCCCUCUGCAAGCAUUCCGGGAUCAGACAAGUCUGCAGAAAGCUGCCUUGUCUGUUUAUGCUUGUCAGAGAAUGCUGUCUUCAAGCUUUCAGCUCUGGGUUUUUUUUUGUUUUUUUCAUCUCCCUUCAGCCACACAAGUCCAUGGCUUCCAUUUCUGAAAGAUACCAUUGUAAAAAAUUCUGAAACUACUAAUUUCUCCUCCAUUCCCACCUGUUCUCUUCCAGUGGAUGAUAUGUAUGCCUAACAUUGCCAAUCAUUUCCAAAUCAUUCAUAGAACUCAUAAA